UGAAUGGUGCGACCGACGCAUGCGUGAACCGGCGGCGCUAGCAGUGACUACCAUUCCUAGUUCAAAGUAGCUCUACUUAGCUCAUUCCAGUAAACAGUACAGAACAACGCUGACUUAUCCUUGUCGACUGCGUCUCUUCAACACGACCGGUCAGGAAUAUGCCCAAGAAUAAAGGAAAGGGAGGAAAGAACAGGCGACGUGGUAAGAACGAGAAUGAGUCCGAGAAGAGGGAGCUGGUGUUUAAAGAGGAUGGCCAGGAAUAUGCUCAGGUGAUAAAAAUGCUUGGGAACGGUCGUCUGGAAGCCAUGUGCUUUGAUGGAGUCAAGCGGCUUUGUCAUAUCAGAGGAAAACUCCGGAAAAAGGUGUGGAUAAACACAUCAGAUAUCAUUCUGGUGGGAUUGAGAGAUUACCAGGACAACAAGGCCGACGUCAUCCUGAAGUACAACGCAGACGAGGCCCGCAGUUUGAAGGCCUACGGAGAGCUGCCCGAGCAUGCCAAAAUCAACGAGACAGACACAUUCGGACCAGGGGAUGAUGAUGAGAUCCAGUUUGACGAUAUUGGUGAUGAUGAUGAAGACAUUGAUGAUAUCUAAAGGGCUGCUGCCAGGGGGGAGGUGGAAUGACAUUGGAGAUGCUCCAGUUGUGUUUUGUUUUCCUCUAGCCAUUACCACACAUCGACUCCUAUAUUUUUUUUUAAUAAGGUCCUCAAUGUACCGGUCCAACAACAAACAGUGUCUCUGGAAUCUUCUUCCCAUCAUUUAGUUUUGUUUACUGUUUUAAUAAAUGUAUUUUAUGUCUCAAUAUAAAUGCCUCAACAUAAGAGUCAAAAAAAUAUAUUAUGGACAUUGAAAACUUAUCUUUUGGCGAACAACUUAAUUGUAUUCUUCCGGCUAGACUUUCACAUUGAAACAAGAAAGUAAAUCUUGGGUAACUGCUGCAUAAUUAGAACUGUGGGGGUCAAAGGUUACCUGAGGCCGAUCUCCACAUCUGGAGUGGCACUAUUUGAGGUAAAUUCAUUAAAUCUUGUUGUUCAAAAUGGGCAAACGGAAAUUCAACUCCCACCAUACCCAUAUAUGGUCUCUUCGUCACUCGUGCAAGCCACUAUCACUACUCUCCCGAGGUUUGCCGUAACUGUCCACGACUGAACACCGCCGUUUGGCCAACGAGCUACGAUGCGCUAUCUUUUUAAUGUAUUUAUAUCGAUUUCACCACAAGUGGAAUUUCCUAACAAGUACAGAGUCUCUGGAUUCGCAAAUAAAAAGAUAAACCAUUCAAUUGCUUGUCUUAUUGCAAGCACUGCGAUGUAUUAUAAAGAUGUACAUUUCUGCAUGGGAUAGAUGGGUGUCAUCCAUGAAUGGAGAGGUUGAGCUUUUCUUUUUUUGCUGUUUACUUUUUUUUUGUUCUGUUGUAUUGCAUAAAAAACCGACAUGCAGGGAGAACAGAAGUACACUUUGUUUUGGUUGCAACAAAAUGAAUGCCCCCCCCCUUACUGUAAUCCUAAAUACUUAUUUUGUGUCCCUCAUUUGUGUCUCUUUUUAGUUUUUAUUCUGCUCACCUUAUGGUGGUAAGACACAGCUGUCUCCUGAAGUUCUGUUGGUGCUGCCUCGAUUAAUAGGGAGCACACUGUUCCCCUCAAUUAACUGUUCUAUGUUUGAACCGAUGUUACAACCGGUUUUCAAUAAAGAUCUUAACUCC